AAGCAUUCUGCCAGCCCGGCUCCUACCAAUCGCAAAUCACUUCCUAACCUCCGCCUUUUUAACAUAUUUGAUCACUUUGAUUCUCCGCUGCUUUUUCCUAUUAUUUUUCAACGCACGGAGGAGGUUUUGUAGGUUGUGAUCUUUGUUUUUUUUUUUUUUCUUUUUUUUUUAGGUUUCUUGUUUUUACUGCUUUUGGUUUUUGGAGGGGGAAGAGAGUUGUCUUCAUAUUCCAAGCUCUCAAAACACAGAGCUUCAGCUGCGCGCUUGCUUGGCGCAACCUCACGAGGAGGAACGGGAAGAAGACGCUGCUUAUUCUGAUUUUUUCUUUUUCUUUUUUCUUUUUUUGGUCAUCAUUUGGCUGGUUUUCCUUCAAGACUUGUGCUGGAACUUGACAGUAGAGCUGCUACAGCGUGUGUGUUUUUGUGCGUGCUGCUGUUGGGAGCCUGCUCCAUCAUACCCAGAACAGUCCCAUGCUACCUCGGUUGGUUCUUUUUGACAUAUUCAGCCUACCUUUCCUCCCAUUGAUGGGUGUGCUGGAUGGCUGACUGUAAGCGCCCCUGGACUUGGCCUUUAAGCGCAAGGCAGCCGCUCAGCUCGCCGUCGCAUCAGUUUUGAAAGCGUGCCUCCCCGGGCGUCUCCAACAGCAAUAAAGCCGACAGUUUUCGGGAGAUCCGGAGUGGAUCCAAACGCCAGGCUGUUACAGUCCCCCGAGUUUUUCCUUGAGACAUUCUCCACCGCGGGCAGCAAACACGGCAGACAAAAAGUUUCUCUCCGUUGACUGAUAGAUAUGGCAAUGGUAGCGUGGAGAGGCUCCCAGGACGAUGUGGCUGACACCCAAGGCGCCCUUUCCUCGCAGACCCAAGGAGGACUAUCCCUUCCCACCCCUCAGCCGGGCCAGCUGAACCUGACAGCCUCCCAGAUCGCCCCACCGACCCCUCAGACUCCGGUGCAGGGACCCCCGAACAACGCGCAAUCCACGCCGACGAACCAGACGUCGCAGCAGCAGUCGGAGAAGCAGCCGCAGCACAUCGAGUGCGUGGUGUGCGGGGACAAAUCUAGCGGCAAGCACUACGGCCAGUUCACCUGCGAGGGCUGUAAGAGCUUCUUCAAGCGGAGCGUACGGCGGAACCUCACUUACACAUGCCGCGCCAACAGGAAUUGUCCGAUCGACCAGCACCACCGCAAUCAGUGUCAGUACUGCCGCCUCAAAAAAUGCCUUAAAGUCGGCAUGAGACGGGAAGUUUCUCUUUUUACUGCAGCCGUGCAAAGGGGACGGGUGCCACCCACACAGCCACACCACGGUCAGUUCGCCUUGACAAAUGGAGACCCACUCCACUGCCAUUCCUACUUAUCCGGAUAUAUCUCUCUUCUGCUGAGAGCGGAGCCCUACCCGACGUCCCGCUACGGCAGCCAGUGCAUGCAGCCCAAUAACAUCAUGGGCAUCGAGAACAUUUGCGAGCUGGCGGCCAGGAUGCUCUUCAGCGCCGUGGAGUGGGCCAGGAAUAUUCCCUUCUUCCCGGACCUGCAGAUCACAGACCAGGUGGCUCUGCUGAGGUUGACGUGGAGUGAGUUAUUCGUACUCAACGCCGCGCAGUGCUCCAUGCCCCUGCAUGUGGCUCCUCUCCUGGCGGCGGCUGGCCUCCACGCCUCCCCAAUGUCGGCGGACAGAGUGGUGGCCUUUAUGGACCACAUUAGGAUCUUCCAGGAGCAAGUGGAGAAGCUCAAAGCUUUGCACGUUGACUCUGCCGAAUAUAGCUGCUUAAAGGCAAUUGUGCUCUUCACCACAGAUGCUUGUGGCCUCUCAGAUGUGGCCCAUGUGGAAAGUUUGCAGGAGAAGUCCCAGUGCGCCCUGGAGGAAUAUGUUCGGAGCCAGUAUCCCAACCAGCCAACACGGUUUGGGAAGUUGUUACUCCGCUUGCCUUCCCUCCGCACAGUCUCUUCCUCGGUCAUAGAACAGUUAUUUUUCGUCCGAUUGGUAGGUAAAACCCCCAUUGAAACUCUCAUCAGGGAUAUGUUGCUGUCGGGGAGCAGUUUUAACUGGCCUUACAUGUCAAUUCAGUAAAAACCAGGAAAGAGACGAACUUGAACGGG